AUGUCUUCAUCCUCAGAUAACAGAAGCAAGAUAAAUUCGUACCAUAGUGACGACGAUGAUGGUGCGUCCUCAGCUAAUACUAGUGAUGACUUUGUCGUACACAACUUACAAGAUGUCACUUCAAUACAAUCAGACAGGGAAAAGACAUUGGGACUAGCGCGAACAGAAACCAAAAAGGAUUUGGAACUCCUUGGAGUCACUAGUGCAAGACCACCCCCAUCAAUAACGGCUCCACCGGUUGAAGAUCCAAUUUUCCCAGAAGAGUAUGGGUUAGAAACAACAACAGGGUUGGUGAGAGCCAAAACUUUGGAAAGUUUGGGAAGAACAAAAUCCCACAAGAGCGAAAUUAAAGAUGACACUGAAUUUGUCACUUUUACCAUUGGCGACCGUGAAAACCCUCACAAUUGGCCCAUGGCCAUCAAAUGGCUCUACACUUUUUUGCUUUCCAUGUUGGUGAUAUGUGCAGCUUAUGGUUCUUCUUGUCUAUCGGGUGGAUUAUUCACAAUCAACGAUAAAUAUGGCGUGUCAACUGAAGUUUCAACAUUGACUGUGUCGCUAAUGGUGUUGGGUUUUUGUGUUGGUCCUCUUCUUUGGGCACCAUUGUCGGAGCAAAUUGGAAGAAGACCAGUUUAUUUCAUCAGUUUUGGACUUUAUACUGUGUUGAAUGUACCUUGUGCAUUGUCACCAAACAUUGGAGGAUUGUUAGCUUCUCGUUUCCUUUGUGGUGUGUGUGCAGCUAGCGCAUUGACUAAUGUUGGUGCUAGUUUGGUAGACAUGCACAACGAUACUCGUGGAAUUGCAAUUGCAUUUUUCAGUUUUUGUCCUUAUAGUGGUCCAGUUUUUGGAGGUCUUGUGAAUGGGUUCAUUAGUGUAGGUACAAACAGACUUGAUAUUAUGAUUUGGGUCAAUAUGGCUUUUGCUGGUGUCAUGUGGAUCAUUGUUUCACUUAUUCCAGAGACAUACGCUCCAGUCAUUUUGAAACAAAGAGCCAAGAGGUUGAGAAAAGAGACUGGAAACAUGAACAUCAUGACAGAACAAGAAGCCACGCCUUUGUCAUUCAAGGAGUUGGUCAACACAAACUUGCUUCUUCCAUUGAAAUUCACAAUCACUGAGCCUAUCUUGGAUUUGGUUUGUGGGUUUGUUGCCUUGAUUUACGCCUUGUUGUACGCCUUCUUUUUCGCCUACCCAUACAUCUUCAGCAAGUUGUACGGAUACAAGGACAACAAAAUCGGUCUUAUGUUUGUUCCAAUUUUGAUUGGGGCUGGACUUGCCUUGACAACAACACCAUACAUUGAAAAGAAGUAUAAGGAAUUGUGUAAAAGAAGGAAACCAGAACCAGAAGAUAGACUUAUUGGAGCCAUGAUCGGCGCACCAUUCCCUUGCAUUGCUUUAUUCAUCUUGGGUGCCACUUCAUACAAACACAUUAUCUGGGUUGGUCCUGCUUCAUCCGGUAUUGCAUUUGGUUAUGGAAUGGUUUUGAUUUACUACUCGUUGAACAACUACAUCAUUGACACAUACGCAAAGUAUGCCGCUUCUGCAUUGGCAACAAAAGUGUUUCUCAGAUCAGCUGGUGGUGCUGCUUUCCCAUUGUUUAUCACUUACAUGUAUGAAGGAUUAGGAUUGCAGUGGGCUAGUUGGUUGUUGGCAUUUGUUUGUUUGGCCAUGAUCUUGGUUCCAUUUGGUUUUUACAAAUAUGGAGGUAGGUUGAGACAGAAGUGGUGUAAAGAAGAUUACACCGUGCAUUAUGAUGAAUAG